AUGGCGACUUCGAGGACCUCCUCUGCGGUGAGGCUGAGCAGGUACGCCGUGGCCGCUCUCAGGGCCUCUCGCUAUCGCUCUGGAGACCUCGCACUCUCUCAUCGCUCCUCUAAAGUACUUUCUUCUCGAUACCCAACUUUUCCCGCUCGCACCAAUGGUUCUUGUGGAUUUGGAGCUCCCACCAUUCCUACCAACUUCUCAUCAGGUCUGGUUUCGACCCAAAUUCUCACCCGCUUUUACUCCACCUCUGCUGCUGCCUCCGGCCAGUUGUGGAACGUGCGGGACAGGCUUAGAGCUGUUGUUUGUGCUGUACGAUCAGUGGCAAAGCUUGACGCCUCUGUGCACGAAGUAGCAGCGGUGCACGCCAAUCGCCGCUGCUUCAUGAGCAGCGCGCUUCCUGCAGCAGUAAUGGGUCCGUGCGAACAAGUUCUACAAACUUCUACAGCUUACGGCAUUUGCCUCUUCCCCAAGCUUCCUUUCCCUUUCAGGACCUCCUCUGCGGUGAGGCUGAGCAGGAACGCCGUGGCCGCUCUCAGGGCCUCUCGCUAUCGCUCUCGAGACCUUGCACUCUCUCAUCGCUCCUCUAAAGUACUUUCUUCUCGAAACCCAACUUUUCCUCCUCGCACCUAUGGUUCUUGUGGAUUUGGAGCUCCCACCAUUCCUACUAACUUCUCAUCAGGUCUGAUUAGCAAUUCAGAGUUUACUGAGAUGGCAUGGGAGGGAGUCGUCGGUGCUGUGGAUGCAGCAAGGGAGGGUAAACAUCAAGUAGUGGAAACUGAGCAUCUAAUGAAAGCCCUAUUGGAGCAGAAGGAUGGGUUGGCAAGGAGAAUAUUCACCAAGGCAGGGGUUGACAACUCAUCACUUCUGGAAUCUACAAACAACUUUAUAUCUCAGCAACCAAAGGUGAUAGGUGAUACUAGUGGGCCCAUUGUGGGUUCUCAUCUGGGUUCUCUCUUGGAAAAGGCACGAAAGCAUAAGAAAGAAAUGGGGGAUUCCUUUGUCUCUGUGGAGCAUCUAUUGUUGGCAUUUCCCAUGGAUAAGAGGUUUGGGCAACAAUUAUUUACAAAUAUGAAUCUAAGUGAGAAGGCUUUGAAGGAAGCUGUACAAGCUGUUCGUGGUGGUCAAAGAGUAUCUGAUCAGAACCCAGAAGGUAAAUAUGAGGCACUUGAAAAAUAUGGGAAUGACUUAACUGAACUUGCGAGACGUGGUAAACUCGACCCGGUUAUUGGACGUGAUGAUGAAAUACGGCGAUGCAUCCAAAUAUUAUGUCGUAGGACAAAGAACAACCCUGUUAUCAUUGGUGAGCCAGGAGUCGGGAAAACUGCAAUUGCUGAAGGUUUAGCUCAGCGAAUUGUCCGUGGAGAUGUUCCAGAACCUCUAUUGAAUCGGAAGUUGAUCUCUCUGGACAUGGGUUCUUUGCUUGCUGGUGCCAAGUAUCGUGGAGAUUUUGAGGAAAGGUUAAAAGCUGUAUUGAAGGAAGUUAGUGCUUCAAAUGGACAGAUUAUUCUGUUUAUAGAUGAGAUUCACACUGUAGUGGGUGCAGGGGCUACUGGCGGAGCUAUGGAUGCUGGAAAUUUGUUGAAACCUAUGCUUGGUCGGGGGGAACUCAGGUGCAUUGGGGCAACUACACUAAAUGAAUACAGAAAGUACAUUGAGAAGGACCCUGCGCUAGAGCGUAGGUUUCAACAAGUAUUUUGUGCCCAGCCAUCUGUGGAAGACACAAUUUCGAUCCUGCGUGGAUUGCGCGAACGAUAUGAGCUGCAUCAUGGGGUCAAGAUAUCAGAUAGUGCUCUUGUUUCAGCAGCAAUUCUUUCAGAUCGAUACAUUACUGAGCGUUUCCUACCUGACAAAGCCAUUGACCUCAUUGAUGAAGCUGCUGCAAAAUUAAAAAUGGAGAUUACUUCCAAACCUACUGAGUUGGAUGAGAUAGAUAGAGCUGUUCUGAAGCUAGAGAUGGAAAAGCUAUCCCUGAAAAAUGACACGGACAAAGCUUCUAAAGAGCGGUUGAUCAAGCUGGAACAUGAUUUGGUAUCUCUUAAACAAAAGCAAAAGGAGCUAAAUGAACAGUGGGAAAGUGAGAAAGUUCUUAUGAAUAGAAUACGAUCAAUUAAAGAAGAGAUUGACAGAGUCAACCUAGAGAUGGAAGCUGCUGAACGAGAGUAUGACCUUAAUCGUGCUGCUGAACUUAAAUAUGGAACCCUGAUGUCCCUUCAGCGUCAGCUUGAGGAAGCUGAAAAGAGCCUCACUGAUUAUCGAAAGUCUGGGAAGUCAUUACUAAGGGAGGAAGUUACAGAUCUUGAUAUUGCUGAAAUUGUAAGUAAGUGGACUGGCAUACCAUUAUCAAAUCUCCAGCAAACUGAGAGGGAGAAGCUUGUCUCCUUAGAAGAGGUCCUUCACAAAAGGGUUAUUGGUCAGGACAUGGCAGUCAAAUCUGUAGCUGAUGCAAUAAGACGUUCUAGAGCUGGCCUGUCUGAUCCAAACCGGCCUAUUGCAAGUUUUAUGUUCAUGGGACCCACUGGGGUUGGUAAGACUGAGCUUGCAAAAGCCCUUGCUGGAUACCUUUUCAACACUGAAAAUGCUCUUGUGCGGAUCGAUAUGAGUGAAUACAUGGAAAAACAUGCAGUUUCCCGGUUGGUUGGUGCACCGCCAGGUUAUGUUGGUUAUGAAGAAGGUGGGCAGCUGACAGAAGUAGUCCGCCGAAGGCCUUAUUGUGUUGUGUUGUUUGAUGAAAUCGAGAAGGCACAUCACGACGUUUUCAACAUCCUUUUACAGUUAUUAGAUGAUGGAAGAAUAACAGAUUCACAAGGGCGAACAGUUAGUUUCACCAACACUGUUGUGAUUAUGACAUCAAACAUUGGAUCUCAUUAUAUCCUUGAAACCCUUAGAAGCUCCCAGGAUAGCAAGGAUGCAGUUUAUGAUGUGAUGAAAACUCAAGUGGUCGAGUUAGCGAGACAAACUUUCAGGCCAGAGUUCAUGAAUCGGAUCGAUGAGUACAUUGUUUUCCAACCUCUGGACUCCACUCAAAUCCGAAAAAUCGUUGAAAUCCAGCUUAAUCGUGUGAAGGACAGACUUAAACAAAGGAAAAUUGAUUUCCAUUACUCAGAGGAAGCUGUCAAUCUUCUUGGAACGUUGGGCUUUGACCCUAACUUUGGAGCAAGACCUGUGAAGCGGGUGAUUCAACAGAUGGUUGAGAAUGAGAUUGCAAUGGGAAUCUUAAGAGGGGACUUUAAGGAAGAAGACUCGCUUAUCAUUGAUGUCGUCCCGGAGAAUGGACGACGAAUUCAACUCGUGGUGAUUCUAAACAACUGUGCUCCUUGGUAUUUAGGUGAUCCUGCAUCAUAUUCUAACGUCUCUUCAUGUUGA